CCGUGGCCAAACAAACCUUCCUGGCUUUCCCUUGGCAGGUGAGACCCAUCAUCACCAUGGAGCAGUUGCUGUGGGUGAGUGGCGGCGUGAUCGGGGAAGUGAACACAUUCAGGAUCCCCCUCAUCGCAGCGACGCCUCAGGGCACCCUCCUGGCCUUUGCCGAAGCCCGGAAGUACUCUUCCUCGGACACCGGAGCGAAAUUCAUCGCCCUUCGCAGAUCGCAGGACAAAGGUGCUACCUGGAGCCCCACUUCGUUCAUCGUUGACGACGGUUCCCUGGUGGACGGGCUCAACCUUGGGGCUGUGGUGGUGGACUCGGAAAAGAACAUUGUGUUCCUGAUCUACACUCUCUGUGCCCACUACAACCGAUGCCCCGUCGCGAGCACCAUGAUCAUUCGCAGCCGUGACGACGGGGUCACGUGGAGUGUUCCCAGGAACCUCUCUGAGGAGAUUGGCACGGCCAUGUUUGCCCCUGGACCAGGCUAUGGCAUCCAGAAACGUUACGAGCCCAAGAAGGGCCGCUUGAUUGUCUGUGGCCACGGGACGAUAGACCGGGAUGGGAUCUCCUGUCUCCUCAGCGACGACCAUGGCUGGACGUGGCAGUAUGGGAAGCAGCCCCUGCACGGCAUCCCUUUUGGUGGAAUAAAACACCCCAGUGACUUCAAUCCUGAUGAAUGCCAGCCUUAUGAGCUGCCAGACGGAUCCGUGGUGAUCAACGCCCGGAACGAGAACUUCUACCACUGCAGUUGCCGGAUUGUGGUGCGCAGCUACGAUGCCUGUGACACCCUCCCACUGGAAAAUGUGACCUUUGACGAGACCUUGGUGGACCCGGCUGUGGCUGCCGGGGCCCUCGUCAAAUCAGGCCUCGUCUUCUUCACCAACCCGGCCCACGAGAGGGAACGGGUCAACAUGACGCUGCGCUGGAGUUUCACCAAUGGUUCGUCGUGGUGGAAGGAGGCCUUGCAGAUCUGGAGCGGCGCCAGCGGUUACUCCUCCAUGACGGCAUUAGACGGGCCGGCGCCCGACGACGCCCACAGCCUCUUCGUCAUUUACGAGAAGGGCCGGGUCGAGACCACCGAGAGUAUCUCCGUGGCCAAGAUCAGCAUCAACGGGAAGCUGUGACCACAGACGGUGUCCUCUACCAGAUCCUCUUCCCCGUGUGCCUUUAUCACUCCUGAUCCCUUGGCGGGGUUAGGAUAGAAGGGAAUUUGAACUGGAACUAAGCGAGAGGAAGCUCCCCCCCCCCCC